AUGUCCUCCACAAAGGCCAACGAGAAGUCGAGAUCGAGCAAAUCGACGGGCAUCACCUCUCGCGAAAGUCCAAGCGCCCACUCGGUCGACGCUCGACGUCGCAAACGACAAAAGGUCGCCGAGAGGAGCAGUAAAGAGCAAGAGUUUCAUGCUCCUCCUCACUCACAUCCUGCUGACGAUGAGGGUGAGGGUGAGGAUGAGGAUGAUGCGGAUGGGAGCUUGGAGGAGCAUGAUGCGAGCGCCUUGGACUUGCUCAAUGCUCUUGGAGCUGCAUUUUGGGGUACGCGAGAUGCUCAGCCGAUCGUCUCCUCCACUCAACCCAUCGAGGUGGCUGAUCUUUCUUCCAUGCAAGCUGCGCGAACACCACCGAGCCUGAAGCAGCAGGAGAAGCAUCAGCAGCAGCAGCAGCAGCACCCUUCCUCCUCCUCCUCCUCAGAUAUCUCACCCACCUCUGCGACGUCAGAGAGAAACUCUUCAAAGAGCAAGGGCAAGCUGGAGCCGAUGGGAAAGAAGGCGAGAGAGGUGCAAAAUGUCGUCUUUGAUCCUAGCGCUAGGAAGACGCAGCUGCCUGGCGCUGUCGCCACUGGCGGAUUGGGUCGUUUCAUGUCAUCCAAAGUACGCAGGCCUACGCAAGAUGACGAGGCAGCAGCCUCUUUGCGCGACGAGCGGUCACGUUUCAAAGGAGAAGAUGGCGAAGCCGAGUCUAAUGAAGAGAAAUCUCAAAAGAAGAAUGACGUGUUGUUAUCUCAGCUCUUGUCCAGCACGCUCUUUGCGCCGGGAGGCGAAAGGUCCAUCUCUUCCACAUCCGCAUCCACUGGCAAACGGUCCUUGAACCACAAGGAUACCGCAGCCAGGCUGAUGGAGCUUUCCUCCUCCUCCUCCUCCUCCUCCUCCAAAUCAUCGGCAUCGGGAGCAGCGGGACGGUCGAACAGGGUGACGGGUAGAGGUCUUGGUGAGAAGCUGUUGAGAGCGAACAAGCUCUCAGAGGUCCCUGCCAGCAUUCGAACGGGCAUCCGCUCAGCAGAGAGGCAAAAGCUGAAAGAUAGAGUGGAGAGGGAAAAGGAAAUGGGCAAUUGGCACGCUUCCAUCAAGCAUCGGAUCGGCAGAGAAGAGGGAGAUGGAUUGAUUUUGGAUGCGAGGAGGAACAGGGCAAAGGGGGGUGAUGGGGAUAGGGAUGCAAAGGCGAGAAGAAAGGGAUUGGGAUUGGGAAUGGGCAGCUUCAAAGGCGGAACGCUCAGAUUGACGAGGGAGGAGGUGGGAAGAAUAAGAGGAGAGGAGGAGUCGUUUGGUGGCAGGAGAGGUGCAAAGGCAGGUCAGAAGAGAAAAAAGUGA